AGAGAACAUGAAAAAAGAAUUUCUGCAAUUCUUCAGUCUCUUUGUCGUACAACUUCGUUUUUAUCUCCCGUGUUAAGAAAGAGAAUCAAACAGAAAAACGCAAACAAUAAAAUUGAUUUUAAAAAAACCGCUGUGACAACUCGUUUUCUCAUAGCGCGUUGAAAAAAUGCUUCUCGUUGUAAUAGUUUAUUCCAAUUUAAAUUUUUUUGAUUUAGCAAGAAACGACUUUCUUAGUUCGUUUUUCAGAUUAUCCGAAAAACUAAACAUUAGUAAAAAUGGAUGAUCAGCUUGAAAAAAAUUUAGAAGUAGGAGAAUGGAAAAAAUGUGAAGAAAAAGCAGAAUCUCCAGUUGGGAACCCUUUUCUACUUCAUUAUGAUCACUUAAAUCUUUGUGUUUGAAUGCAAAAACACUGUUACUAAUUAAGAGCGUAGUUUUUUAGGGAGGACCAACUAAUUAUGUGGGGAUGCAAAUUACACCAAUAAUUCCCAGGCCAACAGCUGCCAUUUAUCGUCAGAACUACUUAUUCCAGCACGGAUUUCGAGUCGAAAAUGCCAAAAAAACAACGAGAAAAGGCCGGAAAUCAUACCAUCAACAUGGAUCCUCGUGCCGAGCCAACUCAAGAAGCUGGAAAUCAAUAUUACCAACGAAAGGAGGAUGAAAAUCAUCAUAUCUUCGCAGAAGUACCCACGAAAGGAAUCUCCUGUGAAAAUACCAUCCCCGAUGCGAUUUUAGAUGAGGAGAAAGAGACAAGAGAAGACCCCCAAUUCAUCAGCGAGAUGAUAGAGCAACGCGGAACUACGAAUACCAACGCAGCAAUUGAAUUUGCCCAGCACGACGUGAUGGCAACCAUAUCAAUCGAGAAAGAAGCCAACCAGCUGGCAAAAAUCUCCGACCUGCUGCAAGAACCCGCCGAACUCUGCCCAAAACCUCCGCCGAUGAGCCCAACCAAGAGCAUCCAUUCCAAUCAAUCCUCACCGAUCAAAUCAGACGGCUACUCUUCUGAAAACUCCAAUGAGCAGGACUCGAGUUUUGAGACCACUACAGAAGAGACACCAUUGCCGGAGAAAUCGCCUCCGAAAGCCGUCGAAACCCCCAUGAAAACCAUCGGGAAAGAAAAAGCUCCACCAUCCGAGGACAAAUUGCUCACACAUACCACCAAUAUGGAAGAGAGAGAUCAUGUCACCGACACCAAACUCGACAGAAUGAUCUACAUACUCGAAAGUCUGGAGAGAUUACACCAAACCUCCUGGGAAUUCCUGCACAAAAUGGAGAGUACCAUCGUUGAAAGUUCAAAAAAUGUGAAAGAAAAUGAGAAGACCAUCAAGCAACUGGGCGAAGAAAUUCGCAAGAACCAUGCCGUCAACCAGCAGCUGAACAAUUUAAUGAACAGCACCUUGGAAGACGCUACUCGUACCAUCAAAGUUGCCCACGAAGCCAUGAACUCACAUAAAUAUUGGAACGACAAUACCAACGAAACCAUCACUCGCCAUCUAUACGAAUUCGCAGCCAUUGUCCCACGAAUGGAGAAUGCUGUGCAAAAACUUACCGGAUACUGUGCAAGAUACCCACAAGAAGCUCUAGGGAUGAGAUCUGAGAACGUGGCUCCACAAUGGAACCAUUACCCUCAACCCCCACCAAAGGAGGCUCCAAAAGAAGCAAUUGAAACUACCAUCAAGAGAACCGAGAGUACCUGCACAUUUUGCGGACUGUACAACCACACCAGCGAGAAAUGCAAGAAAUUCUUCACGUGGUUCGAUCGACGCGAAAGACUAACCGAGAUGAAGAAAUGCCAUCACUGCUUGGAAGUCUACGAGCCAGUCGAAUUCUGUGGAGCUCAAAUGCAUACCAACUGCCCAAGCGAAGACAGUUUCUGUAAAUAUUGCAAGGCACUGAGAGGUACCCAACGCGGAUGGAAAGACACCGCGGCACACCAUCCAGCCGUGUGUGAGCAUGCUCCAAAAGAGUAUAAUACCCAAGAACGUCCGAUCAAAAAGGGAAGAUACAUUCCGAAGAGAGAUACCACCAACUGAGGAGGAAGCAAAUCAUAAGCACCUUCUACUACCACUUUCAAUACCAUCUCUUCAUACCAUCGUCUCCUAUUGAUAAUUGCUAAUAAACUCGCCAUACCAUCUUGUUUGCAUUUUAAAUAAAUAAUUGAUUGUUGAA